AUGCAUAUAUAUAUUGUUCACAUCGUUUCUUGAUAAUUUUUUCAAAGCUAUAAUACAUAUUGAUGAUAAGUGAUGUUGUUAGCAUUGAUUUGGUUUGUUGGGUUUGCUUCUGUAGCAGCUCGUUUGCCAGCUCAAGAGUUGGAAUCCCUGAGGGUAAUAGCAGGGAGGUUGGGAAAAGGGGAUUGGGAUUUCAACGUGGAUCCAUGCAGCGGGUUGUCAGGCUGGGCGACCCGGAACCCAGUUCAAGGCUUCGAAAAUGCAGUGACUUGCGACUGUGGAUUCCGCAAUAGCACUACUUGCCACGUCACCAGCAUAGUUUUGAAUGCCCAAAAUCUCAAUGGAUCGCUACCAGCUGAGUUCGUGAGGCUCCAAUUCCUUCAACAGAUUGAGCUCAGUCGGAACUUCCUCAACGGCACCAUCCCUCCACAAUGGGGUUCCUUGAAGCUUGUAAACAUUUCUCUGAAUGGAAACCGUAUUACUGGUUCAAUACCAAAAGAGCUCGCAAACAUCACUUCGCUUCAACAACUGGAUUUGGAGUACAAUCAGUUGUCCGGAACUAUACCUCCCGAGUUUGGGGAUCUUCCUCAAAUACGAAGACUACUAUUUACCUCCAACAAUCUAACCGGAGAAUUGCCUGCAAGUCUAGCAAAACUAACCACUUUGACAGACUUUUAUGUUAGUGAUAACGACUUCAUCGGAAGCAUUCCAAAUUUUUUCCAGAACUGGACGAAUAUGGAAAAAUUAGUGAUUCAGGCUAGCGGUCUAGUUGGGCCGAUCCCUUCUGGUAUUGCUUCCUUAACCAAAAUGACUGACCUGAGAAUUAGCGACUUGAAUGGGAACGAUUCAAGUCUACCAUCUCUUAGUCCAUUGAAAAAGCUAAAGACGCUAAUAUUGAGAAGUUGCAACAUAGUCGGAACAUUGCCAGAGUACAUUGGGGAUAUGACGACACUUAAACUCUUAGAUCUAAGUUUCAACAGAUUAAAAGGACCAUUACCCGAGAGCUUUAUUAAUCUUUCAAAAACGGAGUACAUCUAUUUAACCGGGAAUUCCCUAACUGGGCUGCUGCCGGAUUGGAUGCUGAAAGACAGGAAAGGCAUUGACUUGUCAUACAACAAUCUUACAUAUGGAAGUUUACCAGCAGAGUGUCGGAACUCUGAAGUGCUCAUCAGCUGUUUUUCAACAAUGCUUGCAGAGAUCGAAGAAAAGGAGAUUGAAGAAAAACAAUUGAUUGCAGAAGCACCUAAUACCGGCAAGAAACUCAGGAAACUGCGAGAGCAUAACUUUAGGAGCUUAAUCUAUGUGUCACCACCAAGCCCGGCGCUCAGCGCUGCGCCAAGUCCGGUGGCUGAUGCUCCCGGAGAAGGUGGAAGCAGUACUUUUGGAGAUGCUAUGAGCGUCGCGCCAAGUCCGGCACCAGAUGCUUCGGGAGAAGGUGGAGGCAGUAUUUUUGGAGGUGGUAUGAGCGUCGUGCCAAGUCCAGCGCCAGAUGCUUCAGGAGAAGGUGGAGGCAGUACUUUUGGAGGUGGUAUGAGCGUCGUGCCAAGUCCGGCGCCAGAUGCUUCGGGAGAAGGUGGAGGCAGUACUUUUGGAGGUGGUAUGAGCGUCGUGCCAAGUCCCGCGCCAGAUGCUUCGGGAGUAGGUGGAAGCAGUAUUUCUGUAGGUACUAUUAGCGUCGCGCCAAGUCCGGCCCCAGAUGCUUCGGGAGGUGCUAAGAGCGUCGCGCCAAGUCUGGCAGCUAAGGCUUCGGGAGGAGGUGGAAGCAGUGUCUCUGGAGGUGCUAUAGCUGGUAUAGUGAUGGUAGCUAUUUUCGCAGUUAUUUUGGUUCUGGGUGUUCUUUGGUGGAAGGGUUGUCUUACACGUAAAGAUUCGAUGCACAAUGAUCUGAAGGGUGGAUCAUUUACCCUAAGGCAACUCAAAGUUGCCACAAACAACUUCAAUCCUGCUAAUAAGAUAGGCGAAGGUGGUUUUGGUCCCGUAUUCAAGGGCGCUCUAUUGGAUGGUACAAUCAUUGCGGUGAAGCAGCUUUCAUCGAAAUCAAAGCAAGGGAACCGCGAAUUCGUGAAUGAGUUGGGCAUGAUUUCUGCAGUACAACAUCCUCAUCUUGUUAAGCUGUAUGGAUGCUGCAUGGAAGGCAACCAGUUGAUGCUUGUGUACGAGUACAUGGAAAACAAUAACCUUGCUCGUGCAUUAUUUGGUCCAGUAGAACACCAAUUGCAUUUGGAUUGGCCAAUGAGGCAAAAGAUCUGCAUUGGGAUAGCAAAGGGUUUGGCUUACCUCCACGAAUCACGGCUGAAAAUUGUCCAUCGCGAUAUCAAGGCUACUAACGUGCUUCUUGAUAAGAAAUUAGUCCCUAAAAUAUCUGAUUUUGGGCUCGCGAAGCUGCAUGAAGAAGACGAAACCCACAUAAGCACGCGCAUUGCUGGAACUUUUGGAUACAUGGCGCCCGAGUAUGCAAUGCGCGGAUAUUUGACAGAUAAAGCAGAUGUGUACAGCUUCGGAGUUGUCGUUUUGGAAAUUGUCAGUGGAAGGAGCAACAUAAGCAUCAGGCCCAAGGAGGAUAACUUUUAUGUUCUUGAUUGGGCUAUUUCCUUGAAAGCGAAAGGGAAUUUAUUGGAGCUAGUCGACCCGAGAUUAGAGUCAACCUUCAACAAGGAAGAGAUGGCGAGAGCUAUCAAUGUGGCGCUCAUUUGCGCAAAUCAUGUAGCUACAGAAAGGCCGAGUAUGUCAGCUGUAGUGAGCAUGCUCGAGGGGAAAGAUGGCGUUCUAAAGUUGGCUUCUGAGACGAGCAUCUCAGUUUAUAAGACGAGACCCGGUGAAGUGGAGAUUGGUACAUUGGACGGGGAGGGUGUUUCCAUGGAUGCGCCGUGGAGUGGUUCUUCAAAUUCUGCUGCUGAUCUCUAUCCACUUUCUGAGAAGAGAGGAAACUUCAAGUAAAAAAAAUGAAACCAUGUAUUUAGAUCUAUUGAUAACUAUUUCACCUGGUUGGUCGAGCGGUAACCUUCUCUUCUUCCGCAGUAAAGGCCGAGAUUCGAAUCCCAUCAACGACAUUUUUAUACAACCUCCGUCCUUUGUUAA